AGUAAUUAUUAACUAUUUCAUCCUUGCAAAGGGGAACGUUUCACAGUGUUCGUGCGGUAGAUUCAUUGGAAAUCACUUUGUUAUUCGACUUCGUGUUUUUUUGAGUCAAUUUAUUCAAGUUCCUUUUAUUGGAGCAAGUGUCGUCGAAGUAAACAACUGAAAUAGUAAUCAUAAAACCGCGGAAGAGAAUGAGUGCGAAAGAAGUGGUUGUUCCUUUAGUUUCCGCGCAGAUUGUUCUGUUGAUUUUAUUUUGUGCCUUUGGGAAAUAUGCAAACAAUAUUUAUUAUUUGGAAAAAUAUCCAAUGUUUCAGGAUGUACAUGUUAUGAUUUUCAUCGGUUUCGGAUUUUUAAUGACGUUUCUGAAACGUUACGGAUAUAGCAGCGUGGGAUUUACAUUAUUAUUGGGGUCGUUCAUAAUUCAGUGGGCUAUACUGUGCCAAGGAUUCUUCGAACUCAACUCAGACUAUAAAAUUGAAAUAGGGAUCGAAAGUUUGUAUAAAGCUGACAUCGCAGCAGCCAGUGUUCUUAUAUCAAUGGGGGUGGUACUAGGCAAAACAUCCGUUCAGCACCUCAUUCUCAUGGGUUUUAUUGAGAUAAUAAUAUAUUCUGCCAAUUCUCACUUAGGAUCUUCAAUUCUCCAGGUCGCAGAUGCAGGUGGUUCAAUAUUCGUUCACGCGUUUGGCGCUUACUUCGGCUUGGCAGUUAGUUACGUGCUGAACAGGAAAAAGGAAAAUAAAGAAGGAAACUCGGAAACAGCCGUUUCCUUACAAGAAGCCAACUAUACAUCCGACUUGUUUGCCAUGAUAGGUACCGUUUUUUUGUGGUUAUACUGGCCAAGUUUCAAUGCGAUCGAAGUCGAAUCCGAAGGAAGAGGGCGAGCGGUUGUUAAUACAUAUUUAGCUUUAUCUUCUUGCACAGUUACUGCGUUUGCUACAUCUGCUUUGUUGACACCCGAAAAAAAAUUUGAUAUGGUUCACGUCCAGAACUCUACACUAGCAGGAGGAGUGGCUGUCGGAGCAGCGGCUAAUCUAAUGAUACAACCAUUGGGGGCCAUAAUAGUUGGGAUUAUUGCUGGUUUUAUCUCCGUUUUCGGAUAUGUUCGUUUAACACCGAUCAUCGAAAAAUCAUUGGGUAUUUCUGAUACAUGUGGUGUACACAAUCUCCACGGAAUGCCAGGGAUUUUAUCUGGAUUAUUAAGUAUCCUUAUGGCAGCUAUUGCUACAGAAAAUAUGUAUCUCAACGAUCUCCACGAAAUUUACCCAAGUAGAGGUAUGAAAGCUGAAACAGUCCGUAGUGCUGGAACGCAGGCUGGAUAUCAAUUACUUGGAUUGGUGGUCACACUGGCAGUUGCAAUAGUUACUGGUCUAAUAACAGGGUAUAUUUUAAGUUUCACAAAACGAAUACCUGCACAAUUAGAAUAUAACGACGCCACCCAUUGGGAAUUACCGAAAGAAUUAUCUGAUGUACACGAAAUGAAGAGUAGCAAACAUUACGAUAAUCCAUCCUUUGAAAUGGUUCGGGAAGAUGGCAGCACAAUAAUACAAGCAAGAGGAAACUAAUAUUGAACAGAUACGAAAUAAAACCUUAAUGUUUUAUUUUAUAUAACUUCAAUUAUCUGUACAAUUUGUAUAUUAUAUUGUUUAAAUAAAAUAUUACCCUCCAUUA